AUGGACGAGACCGGUGCCGCUCUCGACCCGGCUCGUCUACGCCGUCAUACCGAUGACAGCACCCCUCCCACUUCCGCCAUGGGUAUCCCAAGUGCGUCUUCCCUCGCACCUCCCACUCCUGCUCUGAACACGAGGCUUGUCCAGCCGGACGAGGGCUCGGUCCACGCCAUGACGACGCUUGUGUAUCGCAAGACGUUGGACCCAGUCGCCGUCUAUUACAAGAUUGGGAAGAAGACUUGUGUCUUUCUUCCCGAUAUCUUACAGGCUCAGACGCAAUUCGUGAUCGGAGGUGCCGAGGAGUACCCCAGGUGGCUGCAGCUUGGCGACUUGCAACCUGGGGCGCCGCUGGAGCAAGCCGUCGCCGUUCUCGGCAAGGCCCAGGAAGAGGGAAGGGGGAAGGGGUGGGGAGCCGCUGGGGCAAGGCGAUCGCUGCGCAGUGGCAACAGCGCGCAGAACGUGGAUGUAGAAAGUAAUUUGAAGCUCUCCCGGGAUUCUUGA